AGUUAACAAAACCACAAAAGCUAUAAUUUGCAACAUCUUCAGCUAUGGCAGCCAUUUUCACUGUCAUAUUUGCCCUUCUCAUGUUUCAAAGUUCUUCUCCUGUAACUGCACUUAACAUCAACUACUAUGAUCACAAUUGCCCCCGGCUCGAGACCACAGUAACCAAUGCCGUCAAGGAAGCAAUGAAGAAUGACAAAACAGUUCCAGCUGCACUGCUUCGAAUGCACUUCCAUGAUUGCUUUAUCAGAGGUUGCGAUGGUUCAGUGUUGCUGAACUCAAAGGGGAAGAAAACUGCAGAGAAAGAUGGGCCUCCUAACAUUUCAUUGCACGCAUUCUAUGUAAUUGACAACGCAAAGAAAGCGGUGGAAGCAUUGUGCCCUGGCGUGGUUUCUUGUGCUGAUAUCUUGGCUCUAGCUGCUCGAGAUGCAGUAGCUCUGUCUGGAGGUCCCCCUUGGGAUGUUCCAAAAGGGAGAAAAGAUGGUAGAAUUUCAAAGGCUACUGAUACUAGACAGUUGCCAGCUCCCAUCUUUAACAUAUCUCAACUUCAGCAAAGCUUCUCCCAGAGAGGUCUCUCCAUGGAAGAUCUCGUGGCUCUCUCAGGUGGCCAUACCCUCGGGUUUUCUCAUUGCUCAUCCUUUCAAAACAGAAUCCACAAUUUUAAUGCCAUCUUAGACAUCGACCCAUCGAUGAACCCAUCUUUUGCCGCCAGUUUAAGAAGCGUAUGUCCCGCACACAACAAGGUAAAAAGUGCAGGUACCUCAUUAGAUUCCUCGGUGACUGUAUUUGACAACGCAUACUACAAACUACUUCUUCAGGGGAAGAGUAUUUUCUCUUCGGAUCAAGCUCUACUCACUACCCCAAAGACUAAAGCUUUGGUUUCCAAGUUCGCCAGUUCCAAAACAGCCUUUGAAAAGGCUUUCGUGCAGUCCAUGAUCAAAAUGAGUAGCAUCACUGGUGGACAAGAGAUCAGGCUCGAUUGUAGAGUUGUUAAUUAAAUUAAGUGAUCACUAUUGUAGCC